AUGCAUCGACUUUUUUCUGAGCCUUCUAUAACCAUCACCGAGCAAAACAUGGCAGACCGAGUUCGAUAUAUCUUGCGCUCAAAUAUAUUUGAUGUCGCCAAACUCAAACGGUUAAGACGUGAAACUGUUCUCUCAUUGGAUGAAAAUUUACGGCUGUGGUCCCAUUGGAUGAAAAUGCUACGGUAUGUAGUUGAUUCGAACGAUGAUGAAUCAGUCGCGCAGAAACUGGAGCUAGAGCAAACGAGUCCAUUUAAAGAAGCAAUUGUGCAAAAGAGCAGUACGUUUCUCGAAAAUCGUCUGCGAUUUCCUUUGCAUAACAAGCGAAAUUGGGCUGUUGUCAGGGCUUCGAGCCCAGUGCUGGUGAACUAUUCGGAUUCCAGCCGGGAUCUUUGUGAUACGGACUCAAUUCUUUUUGACGCUGCACUGGCAGUCUGCCGUAUUAUAGGCGUCAAACUUUCUGGAUGCGCUACUGAACAAAGUAGCGCUAUCCCAGCCCGGAGAAUAACAAUUGAAGAAUGUAUCACAAAUACUUGGGCCCUCAUCGGCAGCCUGAUAUGCUUCAGGUCAGGCAAUAACAGGCCAAGGAUUGAGUUGAGUGAGCGUUUGCUGGGACAAAUGACACUUUGA